AUGUUAACUAAUAAUGAAAUUUAUCAAGAAGUUCAAAAAUUUGCCAAGGGUUAUGACUUAAAUCAAGAUGGCGUAUUAACUUCACAAGAAAUAUAUUAUUCACUUCUAAAAAAAAUGAAUGGCAAUUCUUAUGAGGCAUCAAAAGCAACUGGUGUUUUAUGUUCAACAAUUGAUAUAAACAAAGAUGGUAAAUUCAGUUAUCAUGAAAUUGCUAAAUAUUGUGCUGACAAUGCAAAAAAACUAAUUGAACAAAAUGCUGAUAUUGCUGCAUUGGCUGAUGUUGAAGCUUUUUUAUUAAGAUUUGAUAAAGAUAAGGAUAGAAAAUUAAACAAAACAGAAUUUGUUGAAUACUUCAAAGGAGGAACAGAUACCCCAUACUCUGAUCGUGAUUAUGUUCUUAAAAUUAUUGAUUUGGAUAAAGAUGGAUGUGUUUCCGCAAAUGAAUUACAAGAAUGGUUCAAAAAAAAAAGAAUUGAUUAUGCAAGCCGUCCACAUUGUUAA